UGAAACGAGCCAAACGCAGCGCCGCCCAGAGAGCGGAUGGCACUCGACGUCCGCGUUUCUAGCAACCACUGUAUUACGUGCCGAAUUCGACGAGACGUACAGGCCAUAAUAUAACGGGUGGUAUACAAACCUGACCGAACGCCUUAUUGAGAUCGUCACCCACCAACGACGUCUACUAAGGCCCGCGCCUCUUUUAUUCAAGCGUACCGACAAACCUCGAGAAUGGCUACCCUUAUACCUCGCGGAUAUCGCUCCGCCACCGAAUACCGUUUCGACGAAGAACAGACCGAUGCUAUUGUUCGAACCGCCGCCUACCAUCGUAAAGACUACUGUCUCUCCGUGAUCUGGUUCUCGCCUCGUGAACACGUCGAUAUUCGUCCGUCACUAGCAACACCCUUUCGGCGGACUUCGAACGUGGGACUCGGCUCUCUCGAUCGGCUACCCCUCGAGCUCUUGUACGACACGUUGUUCCGUCUGGAUAUGCAUUCUUUAUUCAAGUUUCGACAAACAAAUCUCAGAUCGAGACAGACGGUAGACUCCCUCAAGCAAUAUCAGUUAGUAGUCUCGUAUGGACUGAACCUUCUCUGCGCCUUGUUACGAACACGACUUGCCAUCGGUAUUUCUCUACUCGACUUUUACAACGUACUAUGUACUAAGGCUUGUACUCUUUGCGGCGAAUUCGGCGGAUUUAUAUCCCUUCUAACGUGGAAGCGAUGCUGUUUCAAAUGCCUCAAGGAGGCUCCGGAAACCCAAGUGUAUACUCUUACCGCUGUCCGAAAGCAAUUCCACUUGACUAGGGUCGAAUUAGACCAACUGAGGUCAUUCAGGACCUUGCCUGGAAUAUAUUCGAUGAAGGAAUCUGUGUACAAAUCCCGUAUUGCGAUCGUUUCUGUUCAUCAGGCUAUUUUGAUUUGCAGACGGCAACCACAUACACGGGCGCAAGCCCAGCCAGCGAGCUCAGAACGAAAUAAAAAAUUCAACUUUAUGGGGUCGUGCGCACUUCCUUAUUACGAUAAACUAACCGGCAAAGUCGAACACGGAAUGUCGUGUGCUGGGUGUCAACUUGCUCUCGAAAAAGACAUUAUCGGCACUAGGGGCGAGAAAUGGGCAUUCGAGGCUCGAGACAAAGUAUAUGCGCGAGAUGGCUUUUUGGAACAUUUUCGAUGGUGUGAACAGGCACAGCUCCUGUGGAGAUCGAGUGGCGAAGGUAACAACCGGCCAACCGAGGUACCAGAGGCUGCUCGGAGAGGAGGCUACUUCAACAAGAGAGAAUGACAAGGAUGUGAAAUAUGUUCGCCAAUGUGAUCACCCAUAAUGCGUAGCUCCGCCUCGUCUGGGCGUGCUCUGUCAAGCAAUUCGUCACAUCUUUGAUUCAAGUAGCAGUCCCGGAAUCAGCCCCCUUGCCCGAUUUCAGGCAAAAUUGAAGCGCGUUGGCUCAGCCACGGCUCGGGUGCCUGAUUAAAGAAUGCACUAACGUGGAUUGGUUGGGCCAUAAAAUAACUAAG